AUGUUAGUAGAUCCUGCAGAGGAUGUUAAACCAAUGGAUCCAGCAGAUGAUCUGGAAACAGUAGAUCCUCCAGAUGAUGAACCUGUAUAUCCUUCAGAUGAGUCUCUCGAAGAUGAGAAAGCUGUAUAUUCUGCAGGGAAAGUAGAAUCUGUAGAUCCUGAAAAGGAUGUAGAAAUAGGUUUUUUAGAGGAUGUUGAACCAGUAUGUCCACUAGAUGACUUGGUGUUAGUAAAUCCUGCAGAGGAUCUUAAACCAGUAGAUCCAGCAGAUGUUUUGGAAACAAUAGAUCCUCCAGAUGAUGAUGAACCAGUAAAACCUUCAGAGGGUGUACUGUCAGUAGCUCCUACAGUGGAUGUUAAACUAGUAGAUCUCUUAGCAGAUUUGGUGCUAAUAGAUUCUGAAGAUGAUGUUGACCCAGGAGAGUCUCUAGAAGAUGAAGAAACAGUAUAUUCUGCAGAGAAUGUAGAAUCAGUAGAUCCUGAAGAUGAUGUAGAAAUAGGUUUUUUAGAGGUUGUUGAACCAUUAUGUCUACUAGAUGACUUUGUGUUAGUAGAUCCUGCAGAGGAUGUUAAACCAGUAAAUCUUGUAGAUGAUUUGGCAACAGUAAAUCCUCCAGGGGAUGAUGAGCUAGUAUAUCCUUCAGAUGGUGAACUGUCGGUAGAUUCUACAUUGAAAGUUAAACUAGUAGAUCUGCUAGAAGAAUUGGUGUUAAUAGAUUCUGAAGAUGAUGUUAAACCAGUAGAGAGUCUAGAAGAUGAGGAAACAGUAGAUUCUGCAGAGGAUGUUGACCCCUUUGAUCCUCCAGUUGAUGUUGGGGCAGUAGAGUCUUCAGAGUAUGUUGCAACAGUGAAUUCUCUGAAUGAUGUGGAGCUGAUAGAUUCUGCAGAUGAUGAGGAUUACUCACUUGAGCCUGAUGAUCCUGAAGUCACUGGUGAAGGAGUUGAUUCUCCAGUUGAUUUCCAACUAGUAGAGUCUCCUGUUGUGGUGUUACUUGAUUUUACAGAGAGGGUUGAAUAUGUAGAUCCUCUGGAUGACGUUGAGACAAUAGAUCCCUCAGAUGAUGUUGAACCAGUGGAGUGUCUGUAUGAUGUGUUUAUUAAUAUGACUCUGAAAGACCUCGGUUAUUUACUCAAGCCUGGUAAUCGUGUAGAUGAUGCAGUAGUAGAUCCUUUAGUUGACAUUGAACCAGUAGAUUCUCCUGUUGAUUUGGCAUCAGUAGAUCUUGCAGAAGAUGUUGAGGUAUUUGAUUUUCUAGCAGAAGUUUUGUCAUUAUUUCCUUCAGAUGAUGUUGAAUCAGUGGAUUCUUUUGCUGAUGUGGACACUUUAGAUUCUGGAGAUGAUGUUGAACCAGCAGAUUCUUUUGAUGAUGUGGAGACUGUAGAUCGUUCAGAUGAUGUUGAAACAGUUGAUCCUUCAGGUGAGGUGGUAGCAGCAGAUCCUGGAGAGGACAUUUGA